AGCAGCAGAGCUGGAGCCCGAGCCGGCGCCAGCGGCUGGAGCAGCAAGGAAGUCAGGGCCUGGCUGAGUGCUGGAGACAGGAGCCUCUCGCCUAGAACCAGUGCCAUGUCCGACCCUGAGAUGGGAUGGGUGCCUGAGCCCCCCGCCAUGACGCUGGGGGCCUCGCGGGUGGAGCUGCGGGUGUCCUGCCAUGGCCUCUUGGACCGAGACACGCUUACCAAGCCCCACCCCUGCGUGCUGCUCAAGCUCUUCUCUGAUGAGCAGUGGGUGGAGGUAGAGCGCACAGAGGUGCUGCGCUCCUGCUCCAGCCCAGUCUUCUCCCGGGUGCUGGCCCUUGAGUACUUUUUCGAGGAGAAGCAGCCCCUGCAGUUCCAUGUGUUUGACGCCGAGGAUGGAGCCACCAGCCCCCGAAACGACACCUUCCUUGGCUCCACUGAGUGCACGUUGGGCCAGAUUGUGUCACAAACCAAGAUCACUAAGCCAUUGCUGCUGAAGAACGGGAAGACCGCGGGCAAGUCCACCAUCACGAUCGUGGCCGAGGAGGUCUCUGGAACCAAUGACUAUGUGCAACUCACCUUUCGAGCCCACAAGCUGGACAACAAGGAUCUGUUCAGCAAGUCUGACCCUUUCAUGGAGAUCUAUAAGACCAAUGGAGACCAAAGUGACCAGCUGGUCUGGAGGACAGAGGUGGUGAAAAACAACCUGAACCCCACCUGGGAGCCAUUCCGCCUGUCCCUGCACUCCCUGUGCAGCUGUGAUGUGCACCGGCCUCUCAAGUUCCUAGUGUACGACUAUGAUUCAAGCGGGAAACAUGACUUCAUCGGCGAGUUCACCAGCACCUUCCAGGAGAUGCAGGAAGGAACAGCAAAACCUGGCCAGGAGAUGCAGUGGGACUGUAUCAACCCCAAGUACCGGGACAAGAAGAAGAAUUACAAGAGCUCCGGGAGCGUGGUGCUGGCCCAGUGUGCGGUGGAGAAGGUGCACACCUUCCUGGACUACAUCAUGGGUGGCUGCCAGAUCAGCUUCACGGUGGCCAUUGAUUUCACUGCCUCCAACGGGGACCCCAGAAGCAGCCAGUCCCUGCACUGCCUCAGCCCCCGCCAACCCAACCACUACCUGCAAGCCCUGCGAACAGUGGGAGGCAUCUGCCAGGACUAUGACAGUGAUAAGCGGUUCCCGGCGUUUGGUUUCGGAGCGCGAAUCCCCCCCAACUUUGAGGUCUCCCAUGACUUUGCUAUCAACUUCGACCCAGAAAAUCCUGAAUGUGAAGAGAUCUCGGGAGUCAUUGCCUCCUACCGCCGUUGCCUGCCCCAAAUCCAGCUCUAUGGCCCCACCAACGUGGCCCCGAUCAUCAACCGUGUGGCAGGACCAGCCCAGAGGGAGCAGGGCACCGGCCAAGCCACGAAGUACUCCGUGCUGCUGGUGCUCACGGAUGGAGUGGUGAGUGACAUGGCCGAGACCCGAGCUGCCAUUGUGCGCGCCUCGCGGCUGCCCAUGUCCAUCAUCAUCGUGGGCGUGGGCAACGCUGACUUCUCCGACAUGCGCUUGCUGGAUGGCGACGAUGGACCUUUACGCUGCCCCAAAGGGGUGCCUGCAGCGCGGGACAUCGUCCAGUUCGUGCCCUUCCGGGACUUCAAGGAUGCCCCACCCUCUGCGCUAGCUAAGUGCGUCCUGGCCGAGGUACCCCGGCAGGUGGUGGAGUACUAUGCCAGCCAGGGCAUCAGCCCCGGAGCGCCCAGGCCCAGCACUCCGACCACGACCCCCAGCCCAAGCCCAUGAUUGCCACCCCGGACUGACACUCCCUCAGCCUCAGUGCCUGUCCUGACCCUUGUGACUCAAGUGAACAGUGCCUCUCCUCCUUGGACUGACUGUGCCCCUGGUCCUGAAGUGAGUGGUGAGCCUGCCCCAUCUCUCCAGGCCCCAUGCCCCUUGGCCAAGUAGCCCUCGGUGACUUUCUUCAGUGACCCUGACCUCGUGGCUGUUAAUAAAGUAAACCACUCCUAGCA